AUGAAUAUUCUCCAUUCCACACUCUCCACUUGGAGAGACCGUCUUGCCCCAGUGUCCCGCACCUCCACCUUUCGCAAUACCGGUCAGAUCACUCCCGAGGAAUUCGUUCUCGCAGGCGACUACCUUGUCUACAAAUUCCCAUCGUGGUCAUGGGCCGACGCUUCUAGCCCUGCAAAGCGCGUUUCCUACCUGCCCCCCGGCAAACAGUUUCUCGUCACCCGAGGCGUACCCUGUCACCGCCGACUGAACGACAACUUCGCUGGCGAUGCGGGUCACGAUGAUGAGCUUGUGAGGGACAUGCUGUCUGGGGGAAUAGGCGGGAAUGAUGAUGACGGAUGGCUACGAACUGGCGGAGGCCAAGAUUCUGCGGACCGACAAGAGAAUAGGAUAAAGGAUGUACGAACAGUGGAUGAGUCGGGGAACAUGGGAGAACGAGAGGAAGAAGAGGACGAAAUACCCGAUAUGGAGGAUGAGGAUGAUGACGAAGAAGCUAUUAUCAGAGAACCGACAUCCAGUACCACGCAGCCUACGCGCACUUACAAUCUCUACAUCACAUACUCCAACUUCUAUCGUACACCACGUCUCUACAUGUCCGGUUACCUCUCACCAUCUGAACCCCUACCGCCACACCUGAUGAUGGAGGAUGUUGUGGGUGACUAUAAGGAUAAAACCGUUACCCUCGAAGACUUCCCAUGGUACGAUGGCAACGUCAAAAUGGCCAGCGUACACCCAUGCCGACACGCUUCGGUGAUGAAGACACUCCUCGACCGUGCAGAUGCAGCGCUGAAACUCCGCCGCGAAAAGCUGAAGAAAGCUCAGUUGGACCCAUCCAAGGUUCCUUCGGCCGGCGAAAGCGGCCUGGAGGGGUUAGUCGAUGACAUCAAGGCACUCUCCCUGAGUGAUCAACAACAGCAGGGCAGUGAUAAGAGCGGCGGAGAUGAGUGGGAGGUUUUACAGCACCAUGAAGAAGAACAGGUUGCCAUCAGAGUGGAUCAGUAUUUGGUUGUUUUCCUAAAGUUCAUUGCUAGUGUGACACCAGGGAUUGAACACGAUUUCACGAUGGGAGUAUGA